CGGGUUAUUAAUUAGCCUGAGCCAACAGUGCACAGUGACAGAUUGGAUGGUCGGCCGCCGCGAUGCUUUGCUGCCCCUCCCUCCCUCGGCGCGCCUAUAUAUACGUAGCUCCAUCCUCCCAUCACAUGUAGGGGCAUGUGAAGGCCAAGGCCACUGCCGCACACUCGCAUCUGGCCUUGCUCUGCCCGCCCGCCAUAGCUCCAGAGCUCAGCAAGCAGCAGCUCGAGCGCUGAUCAGUACCUGCCACAGUGCCGCUGCCAUGGCGACCACGCCGCCGGUGGGCAGGGACGGAGAUGGCGGCCGGAAGAAGAGGAAGCAGGGCGGCUUCAAGACCAUGCCCUUCAUACUAGUGAACGAGGUGUGCGACAGGUUCGCCACGGCCGGCUUCGGCGCCAACCUCAUCACGUACCUGACGCAGCAGCUGCACCUGCCGCUGGUGGAGGCGUCCAACACGCUCACCAACUUCGGCGGCACCUCCAGCCUCACGCCCAUCCUCGGCGCGCUCGCCGCCGACUCCUUCGCCGGCCGCUUCUGGACCAUCGUCGCCGGCUCCGUCUUCUACCAGCUCGGCAUGCUCGGCCUCGUCGUCUCCGCGCUGCUCCCGUCCCUCCGCCCGGGGCCCUGCUCCCCUCCCGCGGCCCCGUGCCGCCGCGCCAACGGGCUGCAGCUCGCCGUGCUCUACGUCUCGCUGCUCUUCACGUCCCUCGGCUCCGGCGGCAUCCGGCCGUGCGUCGUGGCAUUCGGCGCCGACCAGUUCGACCAGCAGGAGGAGCAGGAGGAGGAGGAGCACCGUGGCGGUGGUGGGGGCACGGAGGCGGUGGCUGGGAAGAAGCGGCAGUACUUCAACCUCUACUUCUUCACCAUGGGGUUCGCCGUGCUGCUGGCGCUGACGGUGGUGGUGUACAUCCAGGAGAACGUGGGGUGGGGUUGGGGGUUCGGGAUCCCGGCCAUCGGCAUGCUCGUCUCCAUCGUCGUGUUCGUGGUCGGCUACCCGCUCUACGUCCGGCUCAAGCCGGGGGGCAGCCCGUUCACGCGGCUGGCGCAGGUCGUCGCCGCGGCGUACAAGAAACGGCGCGCCCCGCUACCGGAGGACCCCCGCAUGCUGUACCAGGACAAGGAGCUGGACGCGCUCAUCUCCACCAACGGCAGGCUCCUGCACACCAACCAGCUCACGUUCUUCGACCGGGCGGCGAUCGUGACGCCGGGGGACAUGGCCGGCUCCGGCAAGCUGGACCUGUGGCGGCUGUCGACGGUGCACCGCGUGGAGGAGCUCAAGUCCAUCGUCCGCAUGCUGCCCAUCUGGUCGGCCGGCAUCCUGCUCGUCACCGCCGGCUCGCACAACAACAGCUUCACCAUCCAGCAGGCGCGCACCAUGGACCGCCACGUCACCCAGCACUUCCAGAUCCCGCCGGCCACCAUGUCCAUCUUCACCACCACCGCCAUGCUCGUCACCCUGGGCCUCUACGACCGCGCCUUCGUGCCCCUGGCGCGCCGCUUCACGGGCCUGCCGUCCGGGAUCACCUACUUCCAGCGCAUGGCCGUCGGGCUGGCCAUCUCCAUCCUCAGCGUCGCCACGGCGGCGCUCGUCGAGGCCAAGCGCCGGGGCGCCGCGGCCGAACACGGGCUGCUGGACACCCCGGGCGCCGUCGUGCCGAUGAGCGUGUUCUGGCUGGUGCCGCAGUACGCCAUCCACGGCGUGGCGGAGGGGUUCUCGUCGGUGGGGCACAUGGAGUUCCUGUACGACCAGGCGCCGGAGAGCAUGCGCAGCACCGCCGCCGCGCUCUUCUGGCUCUCGGCCUCCCUCGGCAGCUACAUGGGCACGGUGCUGGUGACGGCGGUGCAGAGCGCCACGCGGGGCGGCGGCGAGUGGCUCCAGGACAACAUCAACCGGGGCAGGCUGGACGCCUACUACUGGCUCGUCACCUGCCUCAUGGUGCUCAACCUUGGCUACUACCUCGUCUGCUUCCACUUCUACACCAUGAAGCCACUGGAGGUGGCGGAAGACGACGGCGACCACGAGAAGGAGUGCGAGCUGUCCUCCGUCCACAAAAAUGGCGACGGCGGCGCCGCCGGCGGGCUGGUAUAAGAUCGUGUAGAGGGAGGGUAUAGUAAUUACGGGGAAUCUGGUUAGUAAGCACUAGUAACUAGUUACAGAACACAUGCGUGCACAACCGUUGCAACGUCCAAAUGGCCUUGGAUCUAGCUAGUAUAGUGAGUAUCCCGUGACAAGAUCCAAUUGUGAAGAUAAUGUUCCUGAUCUUGUCGCAAAAGAAAGAAAAAGAAGAUAAUGCAGCAAAAGGCAACCAUGAUAUAUAGAGUAUCUCUUGUUAAUA